GUAUAUGAAUCUCCUAAAUAUCUCCCAAGUAGAAGAAGUAGCAUAUAUUUUUCUCUCUCCUCCUCUCCGCCUCCUUCUUCUUCUCUCUUUCUCUCUCCACAGCUUCGCCAGAAACACAUACGCUCACUUCUUUCGAUCCGUCUCGGCCUUGUUUAUGAGCUCGAAGGAGAGACCCACUCUAGGUGGUACGCGGAUCAAGACCCGCAAACGGAAUAUUGCAGCUCCUCUGGACCCUGCAGCAUUUUCAGAUGCAGUGGUCCAGAUUUAUUUGGAUAAUGCUGGUGAUCUGGAACUUAUCGCAAAGAGCAUUGAAUCGUCGGAACUUGACUUCUCAAGAUACGGUGACACUUUUUUUGAGGUACUCUUCACUGGGGGCCGCACACAACCUGGAACAACUAAACCUGAUGAGGGGGAGCGCCACUCUUUCUCUGUAAUUCAUUGUGAACCUAAACGUGAAGAUAUUUUGCCAUCUGUAUUUUUCAUACAGAAGAUUUUACGCCGAAGGCCUUUUCUUAUAAAGUAUCUCGAAAAUGUCAUGCGAAGAUUCUUACAGUCUUUGGAGCUAUUUGAAGACAAUGAAAGGAAAAAAUUGGCAAUUUUCACUGCUCUUGCAUUCUCCCAGAAGCUGUCCGGUCUGCCACCAGAAACAGUGCUCCAGCCCCUCCUCAAGGACAAUCUUGUGGCAAAGGGGCUAGUUCUUACAUUUUUAACAGACUUCUUUAAGGAGUAUCUUGUUGAGAACAGCCUGGAUGACUUGAUUGCACUCUUGAAGCGUGGGAAAGUUGAGGACAGACUGCUUGAUUUUUUCCCGUCUUCUAAGAGAUCCCCUGAGGCUUUUUCUGAGCAUUUCACCAAGGAAGGUCUUGUUCCAUUGGUCCAGUACAAUGAGAAAAGGAUGUUUGAGGUGAAGCUGGCAGAAAUGAAGUCUGCAUUAACAACUCAGGUAGCAGAAGAAGCUGAUGUAGAAGAAGUGAUUGAAACCGUGAAACUUCACGUGAAAGAUGCUAGGCUCCCUGAUAUUGAGGUUGUUCGCCUGCUGUGGGAUGUUAUCAUGGAUGCUGUACAGUGGUCUGGGAAAAACCAGCAGCAGAAUGCUAAUUCUGCAUUGCGCCAGGUCAAAACCUGGGCAAAGCUUUUAAAUACCUACUGUACCAGUGGGAAGCUUGAAUUAGAGCUCAUAUACAAAGUUCAGAUCCAAUGCUAUGAGGAUGCGAAAUUGAUGAAAUUGUUCCCUGAAAUAGUAAGGUCCCUUUAUGACUUAGAUGUGCUCGCGGAAGACACUAUCCUUCACUGGUUCCGUAAAGGAACAAAUCCCAAGGGCAGGCAAACUUUCGUGAAGUCGCUUGAGCCCUUUGUGAAAUGGCUGGAAGAGGCAGAGGAGGAGGAAUGAAGAACUCAGUGGUUGUUACUGCAGGAGUUCCCCUACCUUUCCUUCAAGUACCCUUUGUCUUCUCUAAGCUUUGAGUGUUUGCUAACGACCGCGAAUAAUAUUUGUUAUGUUUCUGAAUUGUGAUAAUACGAUUUAUGUAUUUGCGAUCGUCUUUUCUUUUUUCCUCAUCUUUCUUCAGUUUGUUAUUCCCCAUUGAUGAUUUGAUCUUGUUCUGUAUCAUGAAAUGGUUUUAUUAGAUGCCAUCGGAACAACCUUAUGAAAUUAUCGGGCAUGUUUGUUUUC